GGCAAAAGUCCCCUGUCCCCCGUACACAUUCCACCCCAAAAUGGCACUCGCGCCAUCACCCCCAGCGCUGCCGCCCAACCCGGCGCUCCCUUUGCCGUGGUGGGGGCGGGCCGGCCGCGGUGCGCUCCUCGGCGCCCGCGCCCGCGUCCGCGCCGUCCGCGCGGCGCUACGGCCCCCGAGCCAGUGGUCCGUCGGGAGCUGGCGGGGCCGCCCGGCGCAGCAGCAGCCCGAGUACCCGGACAAGGCGGACCUGGAAGACGUGCUGCGGACGGUGGGAACGUUCCCGCCCAUCGUCUUCGCCGGCGAGGCGCGCACCCUCGAGGAGCGCCUCGCGGAGGCCGCCGUCGGCCGGGCCUUCCUCCUCCAGGGCGGCGACUGCGCCGAGAGCUUCAAGGAGUUCAACGCCAACAACAUCAGGGACACCUUCCGCGUCCUCCUGCAAAUGUCCGUUGUGCUCAUGUUCGGAGGCCAGAUGCCUGUCGUCAAGGUGGGAAGAAUGGCAGGGCAGUUUGCGAAGCCAAGGUCAGAUGGUUUUGAGGAGCGGAAUGGAUUGAAGUUGCCAAGCUAUAGAGGGGACAAUAUCAAUGGGGAUGCAUUCAAUGGGGAGUCAAGGUUGCCAGAUCCACACCGCAUGAUAAGGGCGUACUCACAGUCUGCAGCAACACUGAAUCUGCUGCGGGCAUUCGCAACUGGAGGUUAUGCUGCAAUGCAGAGGGUAGCACAAUGGAACCUUGAUUUCACAGAGAACAGCGAACAAGGUGAUAGGUACAUGGAGUUGGCUCACCGAGUUGACGAAGCUUUGGGGUUCAUGUCAGCUGCUGGGCUCCCUUUAGAUCACCCUAUAAUGACAACAGCAGAAUUCUGGACGUCACAUGAGUGCCUUCUUCUACCUUAUGAGCAAGCGCUCACUCGUGAGGAUUCCACCACGGGCCUCUAUUAUGACUGCUCUGCCCACUUCCUAUGGGUCGGAGAGCGCACUCGCCAGCUUGAUGGUGCUCACGUUGAGUUCCUUCGAGGCAUUGCCAACCCUCUUGGUAUCAAGGUUAGUGACAAGAUGGACCCAGCAGAACUUGUGCGGUUGAUUGAUAUAUUGAAUCCCGAAAACAGGGCUGGGAGAAUAACCAUCAUCACAAGAAUGGGACCUGAAAACAUGAGGGUGAAACUUCCACACCUGAUACGCGCUGUCCGUGGGGCCGGUCAGAUAGUAACAUGGGUUACUGACCCAAUGCAUGGGAACACUAUGAAGGCCCCUUGCGGACUCAAAACCCGCUCGUUCGACAGGAUUUUGCAUGGCCGCUAUGGGCAUCGGCGACUGCGCCACCACCAGCCAGCGCGGCGACCUGGACAUCCCGUACCCGUUGAGCAUCGGGCGCGGGUGCUACCACUACACGGGCGAUCGAGGGCGGGGCGACAUCACCUGCAGGCGCACCGCGCGCGGCGGCUACCAGCCUACCAGGCCUUCAGCGGCGAGUCCGUUGAGGUCAUCGCCAUCUCCGUGCGCCGCGGCCAGGCGCGCGUCUGCAUUCUGCAACGACAUCCAGACCUGGUGCUACAACACCUAGCUCACGGUCCAUGGGCAAAGUACAACAGCCUGUGGGGGAUCGACCUCUCCGACUCGUAGUUCCGGAUCUCCGACGAGGCCAACCUCUUCGUCGUCGUGCGCUGCAACUCGCUGGCGUACGUGCAGUCCUUCAACGCCGGCAUCGAGUACAUGACCGGCUGCAUGGCCACGUGCCCGGACGCGAGUGAACGGCUCCUGCGCCGGGCGCCGGCAUGGGCUGCUGGCCUGCUGCCAGGCGGCCAUCCCGCCCAGGGCAUCAACACGUACGGCAUGCAGUUCGACGACCGCGUCAACACCGCCGCGGCCGUCACGGGCUUCAGCCCCUGCAGCUACGCCGGCCGUGCUCAUGGAGGCCGCCGCGUUCGACUUCCGCACCACCUACGUCACCACCGGGGACUUCAUGACAUCCACCGGCGGGAAGGUGCAGCUGCUGCUGCUGGACUGGGUGGUCAGUAGAGAGACGUGCCGGGAGGCGGCACGGAACGCCACGGCGUACAUGUGCGUCAGCGGCAGCUGCGAGCGCGUCGACUCGUGGAACGGACCGGGCUACCUGCCUACCUCUGCAACUGCUCCGCGGCCCCUACGUCCCUGCCGGAUCCUAACAACAAGUACCCUUGCUCUGUUCCUGGAACUUGCACCAACACUCCUGGAAGCUUCAUCUGCUCCUGCCCCGACAAUCAUCCACGGCGACGUCAAGUCGCCCAACUUCCUCAUUGAGGAGGGCUACGCCGCCAAGGUGUCCGACUUCGUGCCAGUGGCGGACCCAGGAUUUAGAGUGUGGGUAUUCGAAAAUUUUCUAGGAUGAUUUUUAAAGACUAAAGUUUUUCUAUUGGUAUA